GUCGUGCAACACGCAUUGCAAUCGCUGGAGAUUAGCAAAAGAUGUAUGUACUUGCAGAAAUGGCUAUUCUAUUUUUCUGUCGAGAGGAGAAUGAUGGAGAUUUAAAGAGGCCUAGUCAUUGCCAUCAUCGUUAUUGAUACGCAUAAUAAAGACAUCAUUUUGAAUGGUUGAAUGGAUGAAAAAGGCGUUGAAGAAUACCCUCCAAUCAGCCUCUGUUCAUUCUGAAAUUGGUCGACCAAACUGACAGACAUGCAUUUCCAAUUUUUUCAAUUACAUCUUGUCUACUUCGUAUUGGUUUUUUGGACUUGUGUUCAUUUCUAUGUAGCUGACGGAAGAAAAAACACGAGACAAGGAAAAAUAUUUAGCCUCUUCAACAUUGUUACAUUUGAGCAAAACACCUGCAAUUGUUUGUCGGACAGCUCAAUUCAAGGGACUUGCAUGACCAAAAUGGAAUGCGAGAAUUCUGAUGGUGGACAAAUGGAUGGACAAUGCGCGGCCGGAUUUGGGCAUUGUUGCAUGAUGGUCAAGAACACUCCUACUGCUCUAGUUACUAGGAAUACGACUUAUCUACAAAAUGCUGAAGCUGUAGGGCGCCAAAGUGUCCCCACCGGUUACACUUUUACCUUCAACAGGAUUGCUAAUGAUCUUUGUCAAAUUCGAUUGGAUUUCGACGUUUUUGUUUCGGCUUCACCCCCUGUUACUGGAGAUUGUGCAACUUCAAUGGAUACGUUAAUCAUAAGAAGUCCCACCGGCCGUAAUCCUCCGGUGACAUGCGGAACCUUAUCUGGACAACACAUGUACUUCGAAACUGGUGAUACGGGAUCCGCUGGGGAAGUCAUGAUAAAGUUUGGUGCUUCAAUGCCCGCCAAAACAUUCAGAAUCAAAACCACCUACUAUGAAUGUGACAACUUAAACAAGGCACCGACAGAUUGUGUUCAGUAUCUAACUGGUUUAAAUGGCGCAUUUCAAUCCUACAAUUUCCAAGGUGGCCAACUUAUCAACAACCAAAAUUAUGUCACAUGCAUCCGGAGAGAGAUGGGCCAUUGUAGUAUUCAAUAUGCUGAAAAUGCUUCCACCACGUCACCAGCGUUUAAUCUUCCUCCUGAGAGUACAACAGCACAGAUUUCAAUGUGUGAAGUGGGGCUUCAUUUUGGAUCAACUCUUUCUGGCACCGGAACUAACUGUGGGGGAGUUUUGAACUCCGUGGAAGCAGCAACGGAACCUGGCGUGGUGAUUGGCACCUUGGCCCCAUUUCAAGUGACGACACUGUCUGGAGAUGUAUUAAAGGGAACAAAUGCCCUUGCAGGUUACAGUAUUCGGUAUACUCAAAUUCCGUGUUGAAAAGUCGAGUUCAAUGAUAGAUAGUUAUGUACUGUGUAUCUUAUUGUUACCAUGAUUUAUUCUAGAGCCCAAUUGUAAAGAAAACUGAAAUAUAUGAGUUAAAGCGCAUUG